CAUCUCAACUUUCUGAAGCAUUCUAUCCACGACAAAUUCACAGAAGGCAUUCAAACAAUCCUAGCAACGCAGAAGAAGGCACUCACUCACUCGCACAGUGACAGAGUUGCCGCCAUAAAUGAACCAUGAAGCUCCUCUGCAACCCAAUCCACACCUUCCCCUAUAAACCCUUCCCUUCAAUUUCCCUCCACUCAUCCCGCUCCCCUUUCUUUCAUUCAAAACGCGCGCUUCUACCCCAACCCAUCAUCACCACCGCCGCAACCUCAACCACCAGGAAUUGCCGCCGCGGUGUCAUCAAGUCAUCCGCAAGCUCCGAAAUUGACAUGGUGCAAAACAAGCAGGGAAUAUACACGCCGAAGCAGAAGAAGGUUGUGAUCUUGUGGGACCUGGACAACAAACCCCCACGCGGGCCGCCGUACCAGGCGGCCAUGGCGCUGAAACAGCUCGCCCAGCGCUUCGGCGAGGUGGUCGACGCGUCGGCAUACGCCAACCGCCACGCGUUUGUUCAUUUGCCGCAGUGGGUCAUCGAGGAGCGCCGCGAGCGGAAGCAACUGGACAUUUUGGAGCGCAAGGGUGUGGUUACGCCGCCGGAUCCGUACGUCUGCGGCGUCUGCGGGCGGAAGUGCAAGACGAAUUUGGAUUUGAAGAAGCAUUUCAAGCAGCUGCACGAGAGGGAGAGGCAGAAGAAGCUGAAUCGGAUGGGGUCUUUGAAAGGGAAGAAACGCCAGCGUUUUAAGGAGAGGUUUGUUUCUGGGAAUCACAAGUACAAUGAGGCGGCGAGGUCUUUGAUGAAGCCGAAGGUUGGGUACGGAUUGGCGUCGGAGUUGCGGAGGGCGGGGGUUUUUGUGAAGACGGUGGAGGAUAAGCCGCAGGCGGCGGAUUGGGCGUUGAAGAGGCAAAUGCAGCAUUCUAUGAGCCGAGGGAUUGAUUGGUUGUUCUUGGUUUCCGACGAUUCGGACUUUUCGGAUAUGUUGAGGAAGGCUAGGGAGGCCAAGUUGGGGACUGUAGUGGUUGGGGACAUGGAUAGAGCUUUGGGAAGGCAUGCUGAUGUUUGGGUGCCCUGGAUUGGAGUCGAAAAUGGGGAGGUUUCGGAGAAAGAUUUGGUUCCCAGAAGGAGGAUAAGCGAGUUCUUUGAUGGGGAUGAGGAGGAAAAUGGUGAUGGGCUGUUUUCGGAUUUUGGUUUUGAUGGUGGGAGUGGAUUAGACAAUGUGGUUGAUGAACUAGUGAGAAGUUCUCAGUCUGGUGGACUGAGGAUUUCCGCCUUUUCGGAAGGGGAACUGGAAGGAGGAGACUGGGUGGAAGACGAUUCGGAUAGUGAGGAGUAUCUGCUUGAUAGUGAGAAUGAGGAUUCAGAUGAGGAAGAUGGGUUUUUUUGAUAUGGAAAUUUGAUACAACUAGGUGAAAUUGAACAACUAAGCAUUGGGGUGUAUAGGAAUACAUGGGGAGAGGAAGGAUGCAAUACAACUGGUGGUUUACACAAUCGAAAGUGUAUGACCAGGUUUUCGUUCUUCCUCGUACACAAUUCAAAUGUUCCAACUUUCUUUCAUGUCACAUUUAGUUUAGUAUGAAUUCGAUACGAUUGUUUGAUGUUUAAGCUUUUGCAUCCUGCUUAUACUUUAAAAGGCCAUUUUGUGAGUAAUCGGAGAUGAUGCAAUUAUUCCCUUU